AUGCUUUUUCAGGCAACGAGGAGCGUCGCGAGGAAAGCUCACAGCUGUCGCUAUUUUCGUUGCUUCUCUCAGAAGUCAGCAGCGCCAUUCAAAACCGAGACUCGCUUCACCCUAGGAGAACUGCGCAAGAAGUACCAAUCAUCGAAGCCUAUUACCGCCGUCACUGCAUAUGACUACCCGAGUGCGAAGCAGGUUGAUAGUGCAGGCAUUGACGUGGUUUUAGUUGGAGAUUCUGCAGCGAUGGUUGUGCACGGGCAUGAAACAACGUUGCCUAUCACACUGAAUGACAUGAUCACGCAUACAAAAGCUGUAAAGAGGGCAGUACAGCGUGCUAUGGUAGUGAGCGAUUUACCUUUUGGCAGUUACGAAGAGAGUACGGACUACGCCGUGCGUUCUGCCUUGAUGUUGAUAAAAGAAGGCCUUGCGGACGCAGUCAAACUUGAAGGUGCCAUAGAACCUAGGCUUCGUGUCGUUAGAGCAAUUAAAAACGCUGGAAUCCCUGUCAUGGGUCACGUCGGCCUAACUCCGCAGUCUGUGAAUGUUUUGGGAGGUUUCAAGCCACAGGGCCAGAAAGCAGUCGACGCGAUGCAAUUGGUGGAACAUGCGAUUAGCUUAGAAGAUGCCGGGUGUUUUGCUAUAGUUAUAGAGUGCGUACCGGAGGCAGUUGCUUCGGCUAUUACACGUGUCAUCAAUAUUCCCACCAUAGGUAUAGGGGCUGGGCAGCACACCAGUGGGCAGAUUCUCGUAUAUCAUGAUCUUCUGGGCUUGACUGAGCAUCCUCAUCAUUCAAAUGUUGCUCCAAAAUUCUGCAAGCAAUAUGCACAACUUGGUAUGGUUGCACGUUCUGCACUGUGCUCCUUCAAGGCAGAAGUUGAGAAUAAAAUUUUUCCUGGCGCAGCGUUUUCUCCUUAUACUAUGCAACAAGAUGAACUUCAGCACUUCGCAGAAAUGCUCAAGAGGCAGGGUUUUGAGCAAAUCACGUAG